AUGUUGGAAUACGAGUCAGAUGCCUACGAGUGGUUGAAAGAAGACGACAUAAUCUUUAAGGAUCUUGGAGGUUCAUUGGGAAGAGAGGCUGCCACUGGACUAGGAGUGGUUUUCGAAACCGAGGCUUUAUUUGCUGAAUAUGGGAAAUCAAUUUCUGAUAUGACAUUUGCCAUCCAGGGGUUUGGAAAUGUCGGAACUUGGGCUGCGAAGUCAAUUUUCGAGAGAGGCGGUAAGGUGGUAGCAGUGAGUGACAUCAGUGGUGCUAUUAGUAAUCCAAAUGGGAUUGAUAUUGCCGCUCUUCUGAAACACAAGGCAGCCAAUGCCAAUUUGAUAGAUUUCUCGGGAGCAGAUGCCAUGGAUCCAAAGGACUUGCUCACCCAUGACUGUGAUGUUCUCAUCCCAUGUGCUUUGGGAGGUGUUCUCAACAAGGACAAUGCUGAUGAUGUAAGAGCAAAGUUUAUCAUAGAAGCUGCGAAUCAUCUAACUGACCCUGACGCCGAUGAGAUACUGUCUAAGAAAGGAGUUAUUAUAUUACCUGACAUUUAUGCGAAUGCUGGUGGAGUGACCGUAAGCUAUUUUGAAUGGGUCCAGAAUAUUCAAGGAUUUAUGUGGGAUGAAGAUAAAGUUAACCUGGAGCUAAAAAGGUAUAUGACUAGAGCUUUCAAGAACAUUAAAGGAAUGUGUAAAACUCACAACUGCGACUUGCGAAUGGGAGCAUUCACUCUUGGACUCAACCGUGUCGCUCGCGCUACACUUUUGAGAGGUUGGGAAGCUUAG